CUCCUACUCCUACUACGGCGACUUCUACAAAUGAUAAUAACAAAAGUAACUCCUCCUUCGCAUCAGAAGUACAGCUGAACAGGUAAAAAAUGACGGAGGAUAUGGAUUGGUAACAUACUACUAACAAGAACCUUAUUUAAACUUUUUGACGCAAUCCUAGACCUUUGGAUUAUUCAUCUGCCUGUCAACCCUCUCAUUCUACAUUACCUUUACCCUUACCCUUACCUCAACCGUCAUCCUGGUCAAACUCAUCAGCAUCGUUACUACCGCCUCCUCCUUCUUUAUCCAUUCAUACGGAUACUGCGGGUACGGGUACGGGUAUGGGUACAGGUACGGAUACGAAUACGAAUACUGUACGAAGAAGAAGAUCGAUUCAAGCCAUCACAAAAAUAAUAGAGACAACCGAGUUUCCUUACAAUGAUCAUUAUUUCUGGAAAAACAAUGGCAACACGAUACAAAAGAAGACAGGUUUAAAGAGCACCUAUUAUAAAUGUGCCAAUAGCAUCAAGGUAACUUAGUAAUUGUUAU